UUCAAUCCUGGAAAGAUGGCGAAGUACGACCUGACGAUGAGGAUAGCACAUUUUCUGGACCGGCAUUUAGUUUUUCCUCUGUUGGAGUUUCUUUCUGUUAAAGAGAUCUACAAUGAAAAAGAACUUCUUCAGGGAAAGCUGGAUCUCCUCAGUGACACGAACAUGGGAUUCGCCAUGGACGUGUAAAAUCUGUACCCGGACAAGGAAAUCCCACACUCUUUGAGGGAGAAGAGAAGCACUGUGGUGGCACAACUGAAGCAGCUCCAAUCUGAGACGGAGCCAAUAGUGAAAAUGUUUGAAGACCCGGAGACCACGCGGCAAAUGCAGUCCACAAGGGAUGGGAGGAUGCUGUUCGACUAUCUGUCCGAGAAGCACAACUUUCGUCAAGAGUACCUGGACACGCUGUACAGAUACGCCAAAUUCCAGUAUGAGUGUGGUAACUACUCAGGAGCUGCAGAGUACCUCUACUUCUUUCGCGUGCUGGUUCCCUCGACAGACAGGAAUGCUUUGAGCUCUCUGUGGGGAAAACUGGCAUCUGAGAUCCUGAUGCAGAACUGGGAGGCAGCCAUGGAGGAUCUGACUCGACUGAGGGAGACGAUUGAUAACAACUCGGUGAGUUCUCCCCUCCAGUCACUCCAGCAGAGGACUUGGCUCAUCCACUGGUCCCUCUUUGUCUUCUUCAAUCAUCCCAAAGGCAGGGACAACAUCAUCGAGCUCUUCCUCUAUCAGCCUCAGUACCUGAAUGCAAUCCAGACAAUGUGCCCCCACAUCCUGAGAUACCUUACAACUGCAGUCAUCACCAACAAGGACGUACGCAAGCGCAGGCAAGUGCUCAAGGACUUGGUGAAAGUCAUUCAGCAGGAGUCGUACACAUACAAAGAUCCAAUCACGGAGUUUGUGGAGUGUCUCUAUGUGAACUUUGACUUUGACAGCGCCCAGAAGAAGCUGAGGGAGUGUGAGUCGGUGUUGGUGAACGACUUCUUUCUGGUUGCUUGUCUGGAGGACUUUAUCGAAAACGCACGUCUCUUUAUCUUUGAGACGUUUUGCCGUAUUCAUCAGUGCAUCAGCAUCAGUAUGUUGGCAGACAAGCUCAAUAUGACGCCCGAGGAGGCAGAGAGGUGGAUCGUCAAUCUCAUCCGUAAUGCCAGACUCGACGCCAAGAUUGACUCCAAACUGGGUCACGUGGUGAUGGGCAACAAUGCAGUCUCACCAUACCAGCAAGUGAUUGAGAAGACAAAGAGUUUGUCCUUCCGCAGCCAGAUGUUGGCGAUGAACAUUGAGAAGAAGCUGGCGCACAACAAUAGAAACGAGACCCCAAACUGGGCUGCUCAGGACACCAGCUUCUACUGAUGUGCCGCUUGUUGGAGUGACAGUGGAGAUCGCUUUUAGGAUGUUGUUGAGGCAUUUUGCUGCGUUCAUGAAUUUAUCGGUUUGUGCCCAGUUUUCCAACUUAACAUGUUAAAUGGAUCAUAUUGUACAAAAAACAGGUUUUAUUCUACCAUUUAGAGUUCAGGGUUUCAAGCUAAAUAUUUGUGCCUGUGCAGGUAGACUCUCUGAGUUUGGCUUGAAACCGCUUGUUUGAGACUGGUGAUGUAUGUCACUGGAGUACAGGAGACAUGGAGAUGUUUCUUCUCUGAAGUGGGAGGAAGCAGCUUCUUUCCAUUUAGAGCACCAGGCAGGAAAACACCAGAAAACUGGGUUUAUUUUAAGGUAAAUCCACAAGUAUGAUUAAUAUCUGUUCUUAAAACACCUGAUGAUGUCAUAUCAACUUUCUGAAGAGAUGGUUAAUAUAACCCCUUUAAAAAUAAUAGUUGGAUUUAAUGCUUUUGGAGAACAGUCACUCAUUGAAUUAAUGAUGUUACAUUCAAGUUGUUUCAUUAAAGUCAAAUGGUUCUCAACAAAA